CUCAAAUAUAGUUAACCCGUCCAUCUUCGUCAGAUUCAAAUCCGCUUCUCUCUCUCUCUCUCUUAAAUAAUCAUUUCUCCAUUUUAUUUAUAUCCUACUCCUAAACCUCCACAGACAUUGUUCCCGGGAUUCUUUGGUGUUUAGCAAAAUUGAGCUCCAGAUAACAGAAAGCAAAAUCAAUGGAGGCCGGAUACAAUCCUAGAACUGUUGAAGAAGUUUUUAGGGAUUUUAAGGGUCGAAGAGCUGGAAUUGUCAAAGCCCUUACUACAGAUGUUGAAGAAUUUUACCAGCAGUGCGAUCCUGAGAAAGAGAAUCUAUGCUUGUAUGGAUUUCCUAGCGAGCAAUGGGAGGUGAAUUUGCCAGCUGAGGAAGUACCUCCUGAACUCCCUGAGCCUGCUCUGGGCAUCAACUUUGCUAGAGACGGAAUGCAAGAAAAGGACUGGCUAUCACUAGUUGCUGUCCACAGUGAUACUUGGCUGCUUGCUGUUGCCUUCUAUUUUGGUGCUAGAUUUAAAUUUGAUAAAACUGACAGGAAGCGACUAUUCAACAUGAUCAAUGACCUCCCUACUGUGUUUGAAGUCGUGACUGGUGCAGCCAAGAAGCAGCAGAAAGAGAAAUCUUCAGUCUCAAAUCACAGUAGCAGCAAGUCUAAGUCGAACUCCAAAUCAGUAUGGAAAAUGGGUUCUCAGUUGCGAGCAUCUGAAACUCAGCCAAAGAUUCCAAAGCAGCCACAGCCGAAAGACGAGGAUGAGGACUUGGAUGAACACGAGGAAGAAGAAAACGAGGAAGAGGAAGAAGAGGAUGAGCAUGGGGACACAUUGUGCGGCGCUUGUGGGGACAACUAUGCUUCGGACGACACUUUCUGGAUAUGCUGUGACAUAUGCGAGAAGUGGUUUCACGGCAAGUGUGUCAAAAUUACCCCUGCAAGGGCUGAGCACAUCAAGCAGUACAAAUGCCCCUCAUGCAGCACCAACAAGAGGGCACGCCCGUAAAUGUUUGUGGCGAAAAAAGAAAGAGCUCGAUUUUUAUUCGUCCUGGCCAAUUAGGUUUAUUGUUUCUUGUUUGACGUGUUGCGUAUGGUUAACUAGUGUUGAAAACUGUGAAUGGAUAUGGAUAAUUAUGGUCGGGUUUGGUUUUGACUGUUUUGGUGGUACAGUUGGUAUUUGUUUGUUUAGUUGGACUACAUUUCGUUUCUCUUUUCAAAUAGGUGUUCUUUCUUUUUCAUGAUCUGGUUCAAAAUUAUAUAUUUUGCUUUUUGUUGAAAUGCAUUGUAGUGAUGUGUGGCAUGUUAGAAGUGCUUGCAAAUUUUCUGGGAUAAGCAAAUCAGUUUAAUCUAUUUG